CCCUGACCCUGUCUCCCGUCCCCCCCCAGCGGAUGACCGACAAGUGUUUCCGGAAGUGCAUCGGGAAGCCGGGCGGCUCGCUGGAUAACUCGGAGCAGAAGUGCAUUGCCAUGUGCAUGGACCGGUACAUGGACGCCUGGAACACCGUCUCACGCGCCUACAACUCCCGGUUGCAACGGGAAAGAGCCAACAUGUGACCAGCAGCCCUGCCAACAUGCCCCCUGCUUGGGGCGAGUGACUUGAUUCCUGGACUAGCCCGAGUGGCCCUGUGAGAGCGAACGGGAAGGCGGGGGGAGAGGAAUCCCUGUGAUUGGUUAAUGCGGCAUCGCCACCAUGGCAGACAAUAAACCGGCAUCUGGAGUGUC